AUGGCAGCCCAUUUGGAAAAUGUCGUGCUCAUUGGAGCCAGUGGAAAUGUCGGCCCGAUUAUUCUGAAUGCACUUCUCGCCUCGCGUGAAUUCCAUGUAACCGUAUUGUCUCGUGAGUCGAGCGAGGCAGUUUUCAGUCCGGGUGUUACUGUCCGCAAAACCGAUUUCUCCGAGGGUGAUCUGGAACUUGCCUUUAAGGGACAAGAUGCUGUGGUGUCGGCAGUGGGCGCAACUGGAUUCGGAGAGCAGAAGAAGUUCGUUGAUGCCGCCGUUCGUGCUGGUAUCAAGAGGUUUAUACCAUCUGAGUUCUCCGCAAACACUCUAAGCGACUCUGUAAUACAGUUAUUGCCACUUUUUGCGCAAAAGCAGGCUCUCCUUGACUACUUGAAGUCUAAAGAGUCCGAUGGCCUCACCUGGACAGGCAUUGCGACUGCUCUAUUGUUUGAUUGGGGACUCGCAAAUGGCUUUCUGGGCUAUGAUAUUCCUUCUCGUACUGCGACCAUAUGGGAUGGGGGACACAAAAAGUUCACCCUUGUCAAUGAGAAGGAACUUGGAGACGCUAUCAUUGGCGUUUUGAAACGCCCACAAGAGACAGCGAACCAAUACCUUUACAUUUCGUCUGUUGAGACCUCCCAGAAAGAGAUUCUCAGCUGUCUAGAAGAAGAGACCGCUUCUAAGUGGACAGUCAUUGAUACUACCACUGAUAAGGAGAUAAGCGAUGGUGUCAAGAAGCUCAGUGUUGGUGAUUUUAGUGGUGCGUUGACUCUUGUUCGGGGUACAAGCUUUGCUGAUGUUCCUGGGCUCCGUGCCAACUAUGCAACGGAUGAAAAGCUAGCCAACUCCCUGCUUGGCUUGAAGCCGGAAAGUGUCAAGGAGACUGUGAAGCGUGUUCUGGGUAUAUAA